GGGUGUCAACUGCAGCAAUUCACGUUCUUAUUUGCCUUUCCUUUUUUUAUUUUUUCGUCAACGCAUCGUUUUAAAUUAUAUACUUAUACAAACACCAUUACUUGUCCAUUUAUUUAUUUCACAUUCUUCACAUUAACGCUUCAUUUGCAAUUAGCAAUGUCCCAGCAGUCAGAAUUUAUAUUCGCGCUUUCGACGACCGUCUUUCUCGCAUAUGUAGUGUUGGUCGGCACACACAGCAAGCACUCAGCCAUGCCACUACAAAAACACUGUCGGAAGCUAUGUUCACAAGCAUCAAAGAUCUUCCGCAAGUUUCUUGUCCACAUACUGCAGCAAGGGCCGAUACCCAAGCACGUGGCGUUUAUCAUGGACGGGAACCGACGGUUUGCGCGCAAGAGCCACCAGGUGACAACAAGCGGCCAUGUGGCUGGAUUCCACAAACUAGCCAAUGUUCUCGAGUGGUGCAAUGAUCUGGGAAUCAAGCAUGUUAGCGUGUUUGCGUUUGCCAUUAAUAACUUUAAUCGCUCAGAGGAAGAGGUGUCGGCGCUUAUGCAUUUGGCCAAGGAUAAGCUGAAGGAGUUGGCAGAUAAUAGUGAGUUGGUGCGGUACCAUGGUGCGAGGAUCCGCAUUGUGGGCAACAAGGCGCUGCUGCCAUCUGAAGUCAGGCAAGUGAUGGAUUAUGCCGAGAAGACGACCCAGGACAACAAGGGCAUGACCCUGAAUGUUUGUUUCCCGUACUCGUCGACGGACGAAAUGACGUCGGCGAUUCGCGCAUUGAUAGCUGAUGCGGAGAGCGGUAAGCUGCAGGAAUCCGAGAUCAGCGAAGGCGCUCUGGAAAGCAGGCUGCAGAUUCCCGGACCGGACCUCGACAUCCUUGUGCGCACGUCUGGGCAGAUCAGAUUCAGCAACUUUAUGUUGUGGCAGUCGUCCAAAAUGGCAUACAUCCAGUUUAUCGACGUGUAUUGGCCAGAGUUCUCGCUAUUUCAUAUGCUCAGCAUAAUGAUCUCGUGGCAGUGUGCGUACCUGGGCAUAGAGAAGAAGAAGCAGACCGUGGCGGAAUGUGCAAGGCCAUGUAUGUUGUCUGCGUCAGUAUCAGACGACGAAACCUGUUGCAGCGAGCGAGAAGCUGCAUAAGCGUGGUGGUAAAUGCCGCAGCUCCAUGUUUUAAUUUAAAGUUUAACUAAAUAUGGGCGUAUUGUUGAAAAUAGAUCCAUAUAGAUACACAUUAUCAAAAAAGUAUUGAAAAUUUCACUUUGCUUUUACGCGCUUAAUUACACAU